AUGGACAAACUAAACUUAUUCUCAAAUUUAAACACAAACAAGUCAAUUUUCAAUCAAUUGCAAGCUGCGAGGGAGAAAUUUGGUGCAGUGGAUGAAGCAGACAUAACAACACUCCCAAAUGACUACAUCGAGUUAGAGAACAAAGUCGAUGCUUUGGAAUCCGUACACAAGCACCUACUCAAGGUUACUAAAGUCUACGAGAAUGAAAGCUAUGACUACCCCGUUCAAUUCCAUAACUCUAUAUCUGAACAAUCCGGCCAAUUGUGGCACUCGUUCAGCUCAUUUGCUAACUCAAACUUAAAAAAUGUUAACAUACCUCAACCAACUGCCCCUGUCCCUCAACCUAAAACCUUAUCACAUGCUCUCUCUAGAGCUGCUGCUACCUCGGCUUUGGAAAUUGGUGAAAUUGAUCACUUGGGUAACGCUCUCACUAAGUUUGCACUCGCUCAUGAUAAAAUUGGCAACGGUAGACUCGUACAAGAUAACGAUAUUCUUAUUGGCUUCUUACAACCUUGGCAAACCACCCUAAACACUUCAAUCCAACUCGCCAAAAAUGCUAGAUCUCAAGUUAGGAACUCCAGAUUAUGGUUGGAUAGUUGUAAACAAGGUCUCAAAACUGCCUCUCCUCAAAAAGUUGAACAAGCUAGAUUAGAAAUGGAAUCUGCAGAAGAUAAACUCGUCACUCAAACUGAAACUGCCAUCUCUUUAAUGAAGAAUGUUUUGGAAAACCCCGAACCUUUAACUUCUCUCAACAAGCUCGUUAAAGCUCAAAUCUCAUACCACUCUGCUUCAGUUGAGGCUUUGAAUACUAUCCAAGGUGAUCUUGAGGAUAUUCAGAGAUCUGCAGAGGAUGAUUUUAAAAAAUCAAGAGACUCCUAA